AUGCAAGCUCGGCAGAGUGCGAAAGGGACUCUCCGCGCUCGCUUUGGUGCAGAUGCAACGCGAAACGCCGUGCACGGAGCCAGCUGCGCAGCGGAUGUGGAGAAAGCGAUUUCCCUCUUUUUCGCGGAAGCAAACUUCGCGCUUGAGAGAACCUUCGCGCUGAUCAAGCCCGAUGGAAUGGACGCCACACUUCGCCGCUCGAUCUUCGAGGAAAUCGAAAAGAAGAGAUUCCAAAUCAUCAGUCGAAAGGAGAUCGUGCUGGACAAACAAGGCUUUAUGCAACUCUACGCUAAACACCGAGGAGAAUCGUAUUUUCCAGAGUUAUUGGAAUUUAUGACGAACAGGCCUGUAACGGCGCUCGUCCUCAUGCGCGUCAGCGCUGUGGCAGUGUGGCGGGACGUCGUGGGCGCGAGAACGGACUUGGGGGCUCUGCCAAGAGGCAAAAGUUUGCGCGGCUUAUAUUCGAAGAGCCGCCUGCGCAGCGUAGUCCACGCGUCGGAGACGCGAAGCCAAGCAGAGCAGGCGAUUGCCUUCUUCUUCCCAGAGCUGCCGAUGUACCCCAUCCCCAAUGCGGAGUCCAUCAACGACUACGUCUUCCUUAAGCGGGCGACUUUCGGAAAAACAAUUGAACUCGAGUCUUCUGAGCGUGACCCAGUUCCCCCGACGCUGCAAAUCCUCAUUUCCAAGAGUCUCGAGGCUCUGUGCGCCGUGAAACCGCAGGGUCUCGCCGCUGUGUCGUGGCUGGCCGACUGGCUGGAAGGAAAUUGCCGUCGCUACGAAGGAGCGAAGCACUUGCUCAUCGAUUCUCCAGAACCGCCGAAAAGAAAACUCAUCAGAGUCCAAGAAGGAAAGGAAAUGCCUCACGUUCUGCAGGAUUCGCUGCCGCGGCCACCCUUCUUCGUGAGAAUCGUUGGCGGACCUCUCUCGGGAAAGCGAACCGUUGGCAAGAAAAUUGCGGACGAAACUGGAUUUUUGGCGCUCAGUUUCAAGGACUUGGCGGCGAAGGAGAUCGCUGGAAAGUCUGCACUUGGACAAAUGCUGGAGCAGAUGGCGCAUGUCGGAGAGACUCCGUCUGCGAGUGUCGAAGCCCGCGUGUGGAUGUCCGCGUUUCUGGAGAACAGCGAAAACAAUCGCUUCGUUCUCUCGAGUUCGCUUCUCUCAGUCGAAUACGCCAAGAAGGUCGACCGGGAACUCGGCGCGGCUCCAGCGAUUGUCGUCUUCCUGGAUUGUCCACGCGACCUUCUCCUCUCUCGAGGCUCACAGACAAACAUAUCGGGCGCGCUUCCCCUUGAGGAGAAGAUCGACGAGAGUCUUCAACAAAUGACGCACAUCAAAGACUACUACCAACGCCUUGGAAAGGUUUAUGUCGUCGAUGGAUCCCUGUCUCCGGAGGCGAUUUUUCAACAAGUGAAGCAUCUCUUUCUUCCGGUGGUGACCUACUUGCUGGCUGCUCCCGGCCUGCCCAUUUGUGAAGCUGCGAAGAACCUCGAAGGCGAAAGAGCGCAACAUGUGGAUUUGCAGAGCCUCCUGAGAGACCGCGCGCGAGCCGAUACCUCUCUGACGCACAUGCUGGCCUCAGGAACUGCUCCUCCGGCUUCCGUCGUUUGUCCUCUGUUGGUCGAGAAACUGAAGACGUUACAGAACCAAGGCGAGUGCUUCACUGUCGGGAGUUCAACGCGAAAGACAUGUGUAGAGAGAGCGGACUCGACUCUUCCGCCGGGCGGCAUCUCUGAUCUCUAUACACCUGGGGACUGGAUCCCGGCUGGGGAAGUUGUGUUGCCGCUGGGGGAACGGUCUACAUUUCCUUGA